CGGAGCCAAGCUGGAGUCGGCGGUCCACUGUCCGCCACCGGAGCAGCAGCAGUUCCAGUGGAGCGGCACGGAGCGGCAGCCUCCGCCCUGGACCGAUGAACUGGCCGAGAUGUCCCGGCACAUCUACACCCGACACGGGAUAGGAGAAGGGCUGCAGAAGCCCGUGUUUCAGGCGAACAGAGGGACCUAUUCCAGACGCAGCCGGCUGAAGAGGUCCGAUGGCAGCACCACCUCCACCAGCUUCAUCCUCAGACAGGGCUCAGCUGAUUCUUACACAAGCCGACCGUCUGACUCAGAUGUGUCCCUGGAGGAGGAGAAGGAGGGCGGCCGGCAGGAGAGGGAGCAGCAGGCCACUGUCCAGCUCGAGAGGGCAAAGACUAAAGCAGUGGCAUUUGCUGUGAGGACCAAUGUCAGCUACUGUGGUGCUCUGGAUGAGGACGUUCCUGUGGCAGGCACCGCUGUCUCCUUUGACGCCAAGGACUUCCUCCACAUCAAAGAGAAGUUCAACAAUGACUGGUGGAUUGGCCGUCUGGUAAAAGAAGGCUGUGACAUUGGCUUCAUCCCGAGCCCUCUGAAGUUGGAAAACAUCCGACUCCAGCAGGAACAGAAGAGAGGACGCUUCCACGGCAGUAAGUCUAGUGGGAAUUCCUCCUCCAGUCUGGGAGAAAUGGUGUCGGGCACAUUCAAGCCAAACCCCAACUCUGCAGGAAAGCAGAAACAGAAAGUGGCUGAGCAUGUCCCUCCGUAUGACGUUGUUCCCUCCAUGAGGCCGGUUGUCCUGGUGGGACCGUCCCUGAAAGGUUACGAGGUGACAGAUAUGAUGCAGAAGGCGCUGUUUGACUUCCUAAAGCACAGGUUUGAUGGGAGGAUAUCCAUCACAAGGGUAACAGCUGACAUAUCAUUGGCCAAGAGGUCAGUACUAAACAACCCCAGUAAGAGGGCCAUCAUUGAGAGAUCCAACACCCGCUCCAGCCUGGCGGAGGUCCAGAGUGAGAUAGAGAGGAUCUUUGAGCUGGCCAGGUCUCUACAGCUGGUAGUAUUGGAUGCAGACACGAUUAACCAUCCAGCACAGCUCAUCAAGACCUCAUUAGCACCCAUUAUCAUCCAUGUUAAAGUGUCCUCACCUAAGGUCCUCCAGCGGCUCAUUAAAUCAAGAGGAAAAUCUCAAAGCAAACACCUGAAUGUGCAGCUUGUUGCAGCAGAAAAACUAGCACAGUGUCCUUCUGAGAUGUUUGAUAUUAUUCUGGACGAGAACCAGCUGGAAGAUGCGUGUGAACACCUGGCAGAGUACCUGGAGGCAUAUUGGCGUGCUACACAUACUUCACUGAGCACGCCACUCAACCCUCUGUUGGGACGCAACCUGGGCUCCACUGCGCUCUCUCCGUAUCCAGCUGCCAUUCAGGCCCAAAGAAACCGCAACAGCAACCACACAACAGAUCAUUCACCUGUUGAGCGCCGCAGCCUGAUGCCCGCCGACGAGAACUACCACAACGAACGGGCGAGGAAAAAUCGCAACCGUCUGUCCUCAAGUUCACAGCACAGCCGGGACCACUCGCCUCUGGUGGAGGAGGACUACCAGGACCCCUACCAGGAUUCUUACAAGCCUCAUCGUAACCGAGGAUCCCCAGGGGGUUACAGCCAGGACUCCAAGCACCGGCUUUGAGCUGUGGCCUGCCUGUAAACAAAAUAUAGGCUUGCCUUUCUUCUCUGAACAACCACCAAAAGAGACAAAUAAGUUGAGGCGGCUUUGCUGUAACAUGAUGAAACUACUACACUCAUUUGGACUGUAACAACCUCGUAUUGAUGUGUAGUAACUCAUUUUACCUUUGGCCUCGACUCCUGCCAAAUGAGCAUUUGAACCUAAAAAAAAUUAUAAUAAGAAUCCUGCUCCUGCUUUGAUGUGAACAAGGGAAGGGACUGUAUUAUGAAAGUAGCACAAGAGCAGAAAAGUUGUGUUUUAAAGGGACGGCUAAAGCUGGACCUGAUCUGAAUAUGCCCCAGAUGUGGCUUGUGAGUGAAGUACACUAGCAGGUGAUAGUGUGUGACGUAGGCUCUUCUGGACCCUCCCCGCCAUCUCAGCUGUUACUGUAGCAUGCAGGUAGGACUGUAAUUACAGGUCACUAACUGCCACAAGCCAGUGCGAGACAGCAAGAGCACCCAGCGGUGAUGAUCAGCACAGAACCUGUUUGCACGCGCCCAGGAGCUGGUAGAAGCAAAGUAUAAUGCAUCUUUAAUGCUCCUCAGUUUUUGUUUGCCACUGUCCUUGAUGUCAGUGUACUAAACCCUGUGGAAGCCUGUUUUUCGAAAGUUUUACACGUUUGUUUUUAAAGUAACAUGGAUGGUGUUGUAGUGUUCUCUUCAGGGUUCAUACAGUAGCUCAAUGUAUUCCCCCUCUUUGUUAUUUAUCAAUGCCAUUUUUUGUCAUUAACCAUAUCAAGAGAGGAAAUAUAAAAACCACGCAGAUAGUAAAACAUUUUAAAGCUUCAGAUCUCAGGAAUGAGAGGUAAUUUAGACCUAGAGGUUUGCUGACAGAUGUAGCGUUUGUUCUUACCCAUCUGAUGGGGAUUUGAUUCUGAGCAUUAUGUUAAAUUGUUAAGAGAUUUUAUGAUGUAGUUGUUACAAAAAAAGUUAUUAAUAUAAGGAAGGAACACUUGUUGUGUCUGGCAGGACAUCAAUUGGAAAUGAUAUAAUUGGAUUUUAGUGAGUGACCUAUAUUGAGGGCUUCCAUGUGUAAAUACAGUCAAACUAAUUCAAGAAAGGAAACGUUAAUUUAUUUAAAGUUUCACUUUCAGUACAUUCAAUUACAUUCCAUUAAUUUCUUCUUUUGAAGCCUUGCAUACACCUUCAAACAUCUGAUAAAAAAAGAUAGAUGUUCUCCAUCUUAUUUUAUUAUUAAAGGUUCCAUAAAAUAAAAUAACACAGACGUAUUUUCAUUGAGUAGCAAUUUAACAGGUCCUUUUCUUCAUAUUUUCACAUUUUUUAUUGUAUUACAUUUGCGUUUCAUUAAAGACUCCUUGUAAGUGAGGAACUAUCUGAAAGCACUAUGGCAGGACUGCGCUGUAUUUGUCACAAUGUCUUUCACAUGCUAUGUUCGUGGAAAUGUAGAGAAGUUCCCUGCAUUUGUUUUUUAAUCAGAUGAAUUCACUUGUAUGCUGCCAGAAAUGCAAGAUUCAUAUCUUUAAUGACAUAUCCUUGUAUCCUGUUAUUUAAUAUUUGUUGAAAAUCUCAAGUUCAGUUUUUGUUUUUGUUUUUAAUUCAUAGGCCAGAGAUCUCAUUGUGCUUCAGUGAUUCUGGGAAAGGAAGAUUGACAAGGAGACUUCUGUUCUUAUCUGCCAUAUACAGUAGCUUUUAUUGGUGUUGUUUCAAAACUCUGGAGCAACAACAGAUUUGAAUACUGCCUGUGAGAGAAUUGAUUAGAAGUUUGUGUGCACUGUCAUUCUACAAUUGUAAUGAAAUAAACUGCCCUU